AUGGAUGAUACGGAAGCAGCAGCAGGCGGUGGUCUUGUAGAGAGGGACCAGUUUCCAAGCAGCGAAGAGUUCGAGUCUAUUGUUCAAGGAUAUCUAGACAACCUUUCAUCGAAGAAAAGGGACAAGGCCUUGAUCGACUGCCAUCGAUACUCCCUGAUCAUCCGAGUGCUGAAAGAUCCCCGGAACACAGCCAUAUCAACUGCUCAGUUUCGAUUCUGGGUCAAGAAGAUGUUUCAGCUGGUGCCAUUAUACAGCGGCAUUGAGGUGGUGUGUCACGACAAUAAGCCCGUUGCAAUGCGCGAAGAGAUCUAUGCCAUCCUUGUGCGAGCUCACAAGGAAGCAAACCAUGGUGGUCGAGAUAAAACUUCUGCAUUGGUCCGGAGGCGAUACUCAUGGAUUCCUAAGGAAUUAAUCGCCCGCUUUGUUCGGCACUGCCCCUUCUGUAUCUCGCGACGUAACGGAAGU